AUCCCUUCAACUAUAAAGCACCGUUUCUCUCUCAGUGACACCAUUUCCAACAAUGGAGGCGUGUGUGGACGACUUAGCCGACGAUCUACAAAGCUUAAGCUUCACCUCCACUUCCACCGUAACCAUAAACCGCAGCACCAGCUCGGGCUCCGCAUCCAACUCCGGUUCAUCAUCCCUCGAUCCCUCAACCCACGGCUCAUUCUCUUCGAAAGCCAUCCGUACCGGCUCACUCUCCCUGGCCGACCUCCGGUUCUCUCUCCGUCUCGGUUCCGGUGAUAUAGGCUCGGUUUACCUAGCAGAGCUCAAGUCUAACGCCACUGAUACAAACAAAAACGACAGUAGCAACGACCAAAACGUCAGGAAGGAAGUCGUUUUUGCAGCGAAAGUGAUGGACAAAAAGGAGCUAGCGUCGAGGAGCAAAGAAGGGAGAGCGAGGACGGAGAUUGAAAUACUGGAAUUGUUGGAUCAUCCUUUUUUACCUUCGCUGUACGCGGUUGUAGAUUCCCCUAGAUGGCUCUGUUUAUUGACGGAGUUUUGUCCCGGCGGCGACCUUCAUAUUCUCCGGCAACGUCAGCCUCUCAAACGUUUCCCUGAUUCCUCCGUUAGGUUUUAUGCAUCAGAGGUGGUGGUGGCUCUAGAGUACCUUCACAUGUUGGGGAUUGUUUACCGUGAUUUAAAGCCCGAAAACGUGUUGGUUCGAUCGGAUGGUCACAUUAUGCUAACGGAUUUUGACCUCUCGUUGAAAUGUGAUGAUUCUACAUCGACACCCCAGAUUAUUUCCGACCAAAGACUGCCCGUCCCUGGUCUGCAAAACUACCAUCCUGUUGAUCCUCCUUUCACAUCCUCUUCAUGCAUCAUCCCAAACUGUAUAGUACCCGCGGUGUCGUGUUUCCACCCGAAGCGCAAACGGAAAAAGAAGGAUGUCCAUCGUGGUGGGCCUGAGUUUGUGGCCGAGCCUAUCGAUGUCCGGUCAAUGUCUUUUGUAGGGACACACGAAUAUUUGGCACCGGAAAUCGUGUCCGGUGAAGGCCAUGGUAGCCCUGUGGAUUGGUGGACAUUGGGGAUCUUUAUGUAUGAACUGUUCUAUGGGGUAACACCAUUCAAGGGCGUGGACCAUGAGCUAACGUUAGCCAACAUCGUGGCUCGAGCCCUUGAGUUCCCGAAAGAACCGGCGGUGCCUGCGGCGGCUAAGGAUCUAAUAUCCCAGCUGUUGGUGAAGGAUCCAACGAGACGGUUAGGGUCCACCAUGGGUGCAUCGGCCAUCAAGCAUCACCCAUUCUUCCAAGGGGUCAACUGGGCGUUGCUAAGAUGCACAUCCCCAACAUAUGUACCUCCGCCAUUUAGUAAAGAAGAUGAAUCAGAUGAAAGCUGUCCAGAGACCCUAGUAGAGUAUUACUAGAUGAAGUAAAGAACAGAUCAGUAAAUAAGA